UAAAAAUCUAAAACCCUGAAGUUUCAAAAUCUCAGACUCAUACGAUUCCAAAAUCCCUUUGUUUGAUCUGAGGUUCAGUUUUGGUUCUUCUCGAUAGAAUCUCACUCACUGAUCUAAUUUUCAGAAUGAGUAACUUCAGGUUAUUGUUAGCGGAGGCAGCCUUAAAAGGGGUUACAGAAGCUCGAGAUAGGAUAUUUGGGCAUGUGCUAAACCCAACAGGACAACCUUCUGGUAUCAAAAUUCUUAGGAAAAAGCUUAUUGGUGAGAAGGUGGCUGCAUGGUACCCGUAUGAUAUCAAGAGGGAUGAUCCUCUUGUCAUGGCUCGUGAAGAAAAAGCGCGAUUAUCGAAGCUUGAAAUGCAGAAGCGACGUGGAAAAGCUGCACCUAAGAAAGGUCAAGGAAGACGUGCUCUAAAACGUAACAAGUAGAGGUGAUUUCAUGAGUGUUCUUUUUAGUGCCAUUUGAGCAGGUUUUAAGUACCCUAAAAUUGUUGAAACAAGUCUUAAAUCCAUACAUCUAAUUAGUCGUCACAAUAACAUCAUUAGUUUAUCUAUAGCAGAUGUAUGCAGAUAGUUUGUGAAACUCUCCACUUCAUGAUAAAUGUAACUUGUUAGCUGUUACAACUUGGUUUAUUUUUGCCACUGAUUUGAGAAAUAAAACUUGGUAAAUUGAGA